AUGGACCAGCUGUGCAGCGAGCUGCUGGCCCCGGCCAGCGCGACGACUGACAGCAAGGACGCCACCAAACUUCACUACGGCUGUGGCGCAGCCACCACUGCCCAGGUCAACAAAGUGUCCAGCGACCUGGCAACCCUUGAGCCCAAAAUCACUGCGGCCGUCGCCCAGGCCAGCUCUCUGCAGGCCACUGUCACCCAGGAACGCAACCAGACGGCAGCGCUGCGCGCCGAGGUGGACGCGUUUCGCGCGGCUAUUGCAGCGCUCUCCACUGCUGGCACACGCACUGCACAGCAGCUGGCCUUGCUGGAGAUCGCAAACCAGACCGCUGCUCAAAGGAUUGCGGCGCUCACUGCCACUGUGCAAGAGCUGCAGGCGAACGUUAUCGACCCAGCCAGUGUGACCCAGCAGUUUGCCACCCUUGCAUCGACGGACACGCGCACGGCGCAGCAACUGGCCUUGCUGGAAGCUGCAAACAACACUGCUGCCCAGCAGAUCGCCGACCUUGCAGCAGCCAACUUGCGCAACACGCAGCGGCUGGCCUUGCUGGAGGUGGCAAACCAAACAGCCGUCCAGGAAAUUGCAGCCCUCAAGUCUGCGUCGCAGCAGUGCACCUGCGGUCUGGAGCUUGCAGCUGUCAACACGACCCUGGCAACAGUCACGUCGCUCCAGCGAGCGGACGCAGCGGCAAUCUCCCUGACCAACGCGACAGUAGAGACCCUCAGAUCUGCUGUCGCAGCAGAUGCGGGCAACCGUGCGUUGGUCAACACCACCCUCGGCACCCUGGCAGCGACCGUUGCCAACCUGUCGGCCGUCAACUUCACGAGCUUCGUCAAAACCACAGACCUUCAAAACAUCGAUGCGGCGACUCUGGGAGGAACGCCUGCGGCGCAGUACCUGCGUUCACGCUGCGCCGCAGCCGCGCGGGACGGCGGCGGCGACAGCGGCACGGACGGCGGCGGAGGUGGUGUGCGCGCACGCCGCGACCUUCGUCAGCUGCGGCGGCAGCAGCGGCGCCAGGACGAGCCCGAGGAAGCUGCCGCCCCCAUUGACAAGCCCGCCGAGGCUCCUGCUGCUGCUGCUGAUGAUGAUGCGGGCAGCUCCAAGCAGCAAAGCGGCGGCGGCGGCGACGAGCAGGGGGGUGCGGAGGAUGGGCAGGCGCUCCGCCCGCAGCGCGGCGCCCGCACCGGCCGGCUGGAGCGGCGCCGCCGCCGCGCCGCGCCCCGGCUGCCGCCGGCCCUGCGCCCGGACGACGCGGGCGUGGGCGCCACCACGGCCGCGGGGCGGGCGCACGCGGGCUCAAAGCAGCAGCGGAUUGGGUUCAUCAAGACCGGCGGCGGCGGGGCCAGCACGGAUGAGGAAGAGGAUGAGGAGGCGGUGAUUUCGGAGUCCCUGCUGCGUUUUGGGGAGGAAGAGGGAGAAGAGGUUGCAGAGGAGGCAGAGGAGGCGGAGGAAGGGGAAGAGGCGGACGAAGGCUGGGAUGCAGCGGCGGAGUCAGCGGUGGCCGCCGCACGCGGCGCGCAGCAGCAGCAGCAGCAGCAGCAGCAGCAGCAGCAGCAGCAGGGGACGCCGCCGCAGCAAGGGGCGCGGCAGCAGCAGCAGGAGGGGCAAGGCGCGGGGCAGGGGCAGCAGCAGAGGGGGCAGCGGCCGGAGCCGGUCGUGCUGAACGAGCGCAGCCCGAUGUACGUGCCGGUGCUGACUGAUGAAGACCUGGCUGCAGACCCGCCGGGCCACAGGAGCGGCUACGUGGCGGUUAUUGGGAAGCCAAAUGCUGGCAAGUCGACGCUUAUCAACGCCCUGGUGGGGCAGAAGCUGUCCAUCGUGACGUUCAAACCGCAGACGACGCGACACAGGGUCGUCGGCAUCGCGUCGGACACCGACUACCAAAUGAUCCUGUUCGACACGCCCGGAAUCAUGCGGGAGCAGCGCUCGAAGCUUGAUGAGCGAAUGAUGGCGGCUGUGGUGAGCUCCAUAAAGGCGGCAGAGGCCAUCAUUGCAGUGGUGGACGCGGCGGACGACCCCCAGGAUGCUCUGGCGAUGUUCCAGCCUGGGCCGGACUGGAACGGCCCUCCCAUGGCCGUGCUCCUGAACAAAUCAGACCUGGAGUCAUCGGAGUCACUCGAGGCGCUGGAGCGGUGGUACAAGUUCAACUGCAGGCGCGCCUGCGGGCCUGCGGGCGCGGAGGGCAAAUACGACACGCGCGUUUGA